CUCAAUUCGGUGGGUUUAGUGAGGAUUUCUGGAUUGGAUUAAGUGAUCCCAAUGGUAACCUGGCUUAUGUUUGGAGUGAUGGAUCAAUAUAUGAUCCAAAUUUAUCGAACUGGGCUAGUAAUCGUCCUAGUCACAGUAAGGGUACCAAGGCUUGUGUAGCAAUGGGCUAUAAUCAGAACUGGUACUGGAUCGAUGAGGAUUGUGGUUCCAGGAAAGGAUAUGUAUGCCACAGAACACUCACUCAACCAGUUCACUGUGACGAGUCAAAUGGAUGGACAGAGCAAUUCCAAAAUUGUUAUUAUACUUCAACAAAAUGGAUGACUUUUGACGACGCUCAGGAAUACUGUACACGUUAUGAUAGUAACCUCAUGGAUGUAGUCGAUGAAGAAGAACAGAUGUUUCUAUCAGAGUUGGUUCAGGAAGCAAGGGGCUCCUUUUGGAUUGGAUACAAAAGUGUGGGUGGACCGGAUGAUUUCAAGUGGACAUCUGGACAUGGUACGGGUUAUGAACACUGGGGAACUAAUGAACCAAGCAUGGACUCAGACGAGGAAUGCACUCAGGUGAUCUAUCAGAGCACGUCAUCUGGUAACUGGUCGACAUCAGACUGUUUUUGGAGAAGGAAAUUCAUUUGCGAGAAACCAACUGGUAAAACGGCAAUUGCGUAA